AUGUAUCAACGAGCAAGACCAAAGCCUCGUAUUAUCAUAAUGCGACACUCGGAACGAUUAGAUUCUGUUUUAAGAAACGCUAAUUGGCCACAAGAAGCAUUCAUCAAUGGCGUUUAUUCGCCAAAUCUAACACAAAUGCCAACAGUAUUACCAACUCGAGCAAAUCCUCAUGAAUAUUCUCUUGAUACACCAUUAUCAAGGCAUGGCCGAGCUCAUGCUCAUCAUACGGGAGAAUUUUUUCGUUCACUUCGUUUGAUACCUCAUCGAGUUUACACAUCUCCUGCAAUGAGAUGCGUUGAAACAGCUGAUUCUGUACUCGAUGGCCUCGGUCGGCGUGAACGAGUACCAUUAAGAAUUGAUCUUGCUCUUCACGAGCCAACCAAACGACAAUUACCAUUGCAACCAGCAGAAUUCUAUUCAUCAGUCAACUUUUUUGUUGAUUUAAAUUAUUCUCCGAUAUUAUCUCCAACUAAUAGUAACAUUAUUGUACAAGAAUCACGUUUAGCAUACUAUCAACGAAUGUAUACUGUUUUAAAGAGAAUUACAAUGAAACUUAUUAGUCAAAGUAUGAAAGCAACAUCAUCAUCGUCACCGCCAACGGUUCUCAUUGUUACACAUCGACCGUGUGUUACGUUACUCGCAGCAAUGUUAAAUCUUGAUACAGUUGAUGAUAAAGUGCGUUAUCUUAAUGAUAUGUUAAGUAAUCGAACUGGUGAGGUUAAUUUUCUCGCUAUGAUUAUAGCCGAAUACGAUGCUACAACUGGUUUAUGGACUUUUCUAUCGGAUUUUUCUGAAAUAACAACAAAUCAAUUAAUGUCAACAACUAGACUUCAAACUACAAUGUAA